GUGCGUCGAGCUAAACCAGCAUAGAUCGGCGAGGUGAGCCCCAAAAGUGUGUGCAAUUAGUCAACGCACCUUGUGCUUUUUUAAUGCAGUGUAUCUUGACACAAACAGAAUUUGACCGAAAGCUCGAACCGUCGUCAUCAUGUGGGGUCUUCGCCGCCAUGCCACUGCGCCGAGUCUGCGCCGGUCGUCGAGCCUGUGGCACCAGAGCUUCUCACGCCGGGCGCCGUACCGACCGCAGAACCUCGGUCUACUCCAGUACAUUUCCUUCUACCAGUACACGAAGCUCGAGGCCAAUGGUCUGCCCAAGCUGCGCCACCAGCUCCUAACCGACUGGCAAAGCUUUGGCGUCAUGGGCCGCGUGUACAUCGCCGAAGAAGGCAUCAACGCUCAGAUCACAGUCCCGAUGACGCGCCUCGACGACUUCAAGGCGUACCUCGACAACCUCGAGUGGCUCGACGACGCACUCCUUAACCUCGGCGCGGUGCUCGACCACAACGACGCGACGCCCGAAGGAAAGUGCCCGUUCCACACGCUUCACAUCCGUGUGCGCCCGCACUUGGCCCACGACGGCCUCGACAAGACUCUGCCGAUGGACGACCGCGGCGUCGAGCUGUCGCCGGCCGAGUGGCAUUCGACGCUGUCGUCGCCGACGCCCAAGCGCAUUUUCGACUGCCGCAACUACUACGAGCACGACGUCGGUCGGUUCGAAGGCGCCGAGCGCAUCAUGGUCGACACGUUCAAGGACACGUGGGCGUCGCUCGAUGCGCUGCUCGACGGGUCGCCCAAGGACACCGAGUGCAUGAUCUACUGCACCGGCGGCAUCCGCUGCGAAAAGGUCGGCGCGUACCUCAAGACGAACGGGUACACGAACGUCAAGCGACUGCAAGGUGGUAUUGUCCACUACGGCAAGUUUGUCCGCGAGCAAAACGUUCCUUCCAAGUUUCUCGGGCGCAACUUUGUGUUUGACCAGCGCCUCUCGAACGACGACCAAGCUUUGUCUGAGGAUGUGCUCGGGCAGUGCUACCAGUGCCGAGCUCCGACCAACACGCACGUCAACUGCGCCAACACGCUUUGCCAUGGUCUCGUGCUCCAGUGCGACGCCUGCCACGCAGCAUUUGACGGCGCGUGCAGUGCCGAGUGCCAACGCAUCAAGCACGAGAUGGACGCCAUGGCCCUUGACGCGCGCAAGGCCUUUGCAAAGGCGAACUCGCACCGAUUCCAGCACCACUUGGUGCCGAACGCCCGAGUGCGUCCCGGCAACCCGUUCCACGCCCGGGCGUACUCGACGUACCACAUCUCGGAAGGCACCGUGAGCCCCGAGCUCAACGACUACGUCCACGAUGUGAGUCGCAUUCCCGCGUCGACAUUGCAGCUGUCUGCAUGGCGCGAUGCGAUUAGCCAUGACUUUAGCGACGCCCUCAUGCAGAAGAUGAUCUCGCCGGGCCAAGCCAAGGCCCUCCAGUUCCUCGUCCAGGCGCUCAGUGCGUCCAACGUACUGGAAGUCGGCUGCUUUACUGGCUACUCGGCCGUCGCCAUGGCGCUCGCGCUGCCGCAUGGCCACGUCACGACGUGCGACAUUGACCCCAAGGCGAUUGCGUGGACGCGCGCACAGCUGGCGACGGCAUCGAUUUCGAACGUGACGGUGCAAGCGCAGCCGGGCCUCGACCUGCUCGCCACGACCACCGAGACAUUCGACUUUGCCUUUAUCGACGGAAGCAAGAAGGAUUACGUGGCAGUCUACGAAGCGCUCGUGGCCUCCGACCGCCUUCUCGCCCCGAAGAGCUGGAUCGUGUUUGACAACACGCUCUUUCGGGGCCAGGUCGUCGAGCACGCGUUCGGCCGCGGCCAACCCACCGAGAAGACGGCGUCGCAGCUUCUGGCGUUCAACAAGUACGUGGCGAACGACGAGCGGACGCGCAGCGUCGUUCUUCCCAUGUACGAUGGUCUCACCCUCGUGCAAAAGCUGUAAACGACUAAACAACGACUCUCUAUUACGCGUACGAACUAGAAGCGUUGAUUCGGAUAGAUGAGAGACUCUUAUGCCAAUACCUUGAGA